AUGAGUAAUGAUGGUAAAAACGAAACUUUAAAUAAACACAAAGAAUAUGGAAUAGUAAAUAAAGUAGAUAAUAAUACAAAAGUUAUUUAUUCAUAUCAAAAUGUAAAAUCACACAAUUUUAUAAAAACUGAAAAUUCACACAAAGGUGGUUGCCCCUAUGCAAAAAUGACAAAGUCAUAUGAUUUGCCAACAAAUAAAGAAGAGGAAACAAAAUAUAACUUACCAAAUAAUACACAAAAUGAUAAAAUAAAACUCGAAGAAAUAUUUGCACUUGGAACAUUAAUGCAAAUAUCAAAUAAUAUAUUUAUAAAUACUAAUCAUAGUAUAACAAAAGAAGAUAUAAAUAUAAAAAAUUGUAAAAUAGUAAUAUAUGAAUCAAAUAAUUCUUUACCAGAUUUAAAUAAAAGAGAUGACGAAUUUAUUAAUAUGCUAUUUUAUUUUCAAAAUAAGAAUUAUCUAUUUUUUCUUAUAUAUUGUUUAAAUAAAAAAAAUGUAGUUUAUUUAAAAUUUUUUAAUCCUUUAUUAAUUGAAAAGGAAAAUAUAGAAUCGAUAAAUUUAUUUUUUAUAAAUAAUUGUUUUCCUCAUAUUGUCUUAGGUUUGAAUAAUGGGAAAAUGUGUUUAUAUAAUCAUGAAGGUGUUAUAUGUAUGCAAAAUAAAUUUAUUGAUUGUAAAAUAAAAAAAAUAUUUUUAGAACAUAAUCAUAAUUAUAUUUUAUUUCUUCAUGAAAAUAAUACAAUUAUAAAUUCAAAUUCAAAUUUAAUUAAACAUGCCUUAGAAACAAAUAAUAAAAUAUUACCCAUUGAUUAUAUAUUUACAGUUAAUAAAAAUAUACAAAUAAAUCAUAUAAUACUUAGGUAUAAUAAUACUUUAGAUUCUAUAAAUAGAGAUUUAUAUUCAGCAUUUGGAAAAAAUGAUCUUUUUAAAUAUAUAAAUAAUUGCACAUCAGAAAACGUAGACGAAUUUGAAAAAAAUGCAAAUAAUUUAAAUUUGAAUGGACCUAGAAAUGCAAGUUAUAUUAUAGCGUCAAAAAAUAUGACUUGGGCAAUUUUAAAUAUAAUUAAACCAAAUGCUAAAUUCGAUUUUUUGAUAAAAAGAGAAUCUUAUGGGACUUCAGAAAAACUAAGUUCUAAAAUUAACAACUUUAUAAAAAAUAUAUUUGUAAAAGAUAGUGAAUCCUUAUUAAAUACAUCUUCUAAUAAAAUUCAUAUAAAUAAUACUAAUCAAAAUAUAUCAAUGAAUAAUAUAAGUAACAAUAAUCAUUCUAUAUACACAUUUAAUACAAAUAUGAUAUACACAUUUAACGAUCCUAAAAGACAAAUCAUUGAUAUUUGUAUAUGUCCAUGGAAUAGUUACUUAGUUUUAGCAAUUGACAAUUUAGGUAGAAUGUGUUUAUAUAAUAUUUCAAGAUUAAAUAUUUUGUACAUGUGGAAAAGUUAUAGAUCGGCUUUUAUGAGUUUUAUACUAAAAAAGAAUAAUAACCAAUUAUCUAGAAAUAUACAAAAUGAUAAUUCCACAAAAAUUAUUAACAGUAAUAUUUUUUAUGUUACUUCAACUGAUAAGAGUUACAAAAAAGGAAUAUUUUUUUAUAUUAAACCACGAAAUUUAAUUGAAAUAUGGGAUAUAAAUACAUUAUAUAAAAUAUAUGAAAUAAGAACUUUUGAUGACCCAAUCUUAUUUAAAUUUUUUUUCAAAGAUCAUGAUACCCCUAAUGAUGUAUAUUUUUUUAAUACAAAUACUCACGUAUUUGUGAUCAAUUCGAAAUUUGAAGUUCUUCACAUAAAAUGGGUUUAA